AUGGGAACUGCAUUUAUUGAAGAUUAUUAUGUAGAAAAUUAUGUCCGCCUAUUUCGUUGUUGUGGAAAUUGUAAAACACAAUAUCAACGCCACGUAGUCAUUUCUAAUCUGACAGCAAUUAAUGGCACUCCUGGCCAAUUUAUUGUCGGAAUAAAUUCAAAUUAUGGAGAUACUGCCAAAUUAAGUGGAAUUAAAUAUAACACUCCUGGUGUUCAUAUUUGUAAACGUUUUAACGGGGUUACUGGUGGUGAGGCAAAAUCUAGCGGAACUGGGCCUGAUGGAAAGAAUUGUCUUUAUAGUGAGAAAGAUGUUACUUUAAUUAAAAAAUAA